AUGGUCCAUGUUGAGGAAAAAACAAAGGCGGUGAUUCUGGUUGGAGGAUACGGGAGCAGGCUGCGACCGUUGACAUACACUGUGCCCAAGCCUCUGGUUCCGUUCGCAAACAAGCCGAUUCUGCGGCACCAAAUAGAAGCUCUUGUAGAAGCAGGCAUUACAGAAAUUAUCCUGGCACUAAACUACUACUCAGAACUCAUAAUACAAGAGGUGAGGGAUUACUCAGAGGAGUUUGGCAUCACCAUCACAUACUCUAAAGAGCAGGACCCGCUUGGAACUGCAGGACCGUUGGCACUUGCCAGAAAGCAUCUUGAUGGAUGCACGUUUUUUGUUCUCAACUCAGAUGUUAUAUGCAGGUUUCCACUCCAGGAGAUGCUUGCCUUCCACCGCAUGCAUGGGAAGCAGGGAACAAUCCUCUCAACAAAUGUUGAUGAUCCAAGCAGGUACGGAGCAAUAAUUCUUGAGCAAAGCACAGCAAGUGUCAAGUCGUUUCUUGAAAAACCAAAAGAUUCUCUCACAAGCAGAGUAAAUGCAGGCAUAUACAUAUUGGAGUCCUCUGUGCUGGAUAGAAUAGAGCUGAAGGAGUGCUCGAUCGAGCGAGAGGUGUUUCCUGCAAUGGCUGCAGAGAACGAGCUCCAGGUGUUUGACCUUAAGGGAUUCUGGAUGGAUAUAGGGCAGCCUGCAGAUUACAUAAAGGCACAAGGACUAUAUCUCAGGCACAUACAGAACAGUAAUGCAGCUGAGGAUCUCGGAUACUACAUCUCGAUCGAGAAUAACGUGGUGAUUGGAAAGAAUGUUAAAAUAGGAAGAAACGUGACAAUUGUCAACAGCACUGUCUUUGACAGCGUGGAAAUAGGAGACAACGUCACCAUAAAAGACAGCAUCAUCGGGUGGUGCACAAAAAUCGGCGAGGAUGCUUCCGUCAUAGGCUUCAGUGUUCUUGGAUACGCCUCUACUGUUCAAAAGUCUACAACGCUGGAGUCAGUCAAAAUGCCAUCAGACACGGGCAUCAACAGAUAUAGCUGCUACCCAUAG